CUGUUUUUAUCCCACAAUGAACUCAGUGACCUUCCAGAAGCAAUCGGGAAUUUGGUAAACCUCGAGGCAUUGGUUCUUUCCAACAACAAACUCACGCAUGUGGGGGCAUCAAUCUUUGAAUUGUCCCAGUUACAAAUUUUGGACUUAUCCAACAAUGAUAUUGAAAUACUACCCAAAGAAGUUUCCAAUCUGAAAUCCUUGACGCAGUUGCUGAUAAACAGUAACAAAAUACCAGAAAUCCCUGCAACUGUCGGUCACAUGCUAAAACUUCGGGUUUUGGGAUUUAACGAAAACCGAUUGACAACCGUUCCAAAUUCUUUCAGUGGAUUGACGAAUCUUCAGAUCCUGGGCUUGGAGCGGAACGAAAUGACGUCCUUGAAUCCGGUUAUCUGCAAACUGGAAGACAUGAAACGGCUCGGAUUAUCCGGAAAUCAUCUAACCAAUUUACCAAGGGAUAUUGAAAAUCUUACCAACCUGGAGCAGCUUCUUUUGGACGAUAAUGAGUUUGAAUUCAUCCCGGUUCAAAUAUUUUGGCUGGAGGAGUUAAAAGAGCUCGCAUUUUCCGGAAACAACGUGCGGGAACUUCAACCAGAGGUUAAUAAACUGCAGAAACUGAAAGUCCUGAGUUUGAAUAACAACAAAUUAACAGAUCUUCCGGCAGAAUUGUGCCAGCUUAGAGAGCUCGAGGUUUUGGGGAUAGAAAAUAACCACUUAACAGCUAUACCAGCUGACAUUGCCGAAUUUUACGAACUACGCGAAUUAUAUUUUGGAUCUAACUAUUUGGAGGAAAUUGGGGAUGGCAUAUGCUGGUGUUCUAAUCUGGAAAUUUUAAGUCUUGGAAAAAAUCGGCUGUCCACAUUACCCGUGGAAUUUGGAAACCUCCAGAAACUCCACACUCUUACGCUAAACGAAAACAACUACGGAUAUCUACCUGCUCCCAUUGGAUCUCUACAGUCUUUGGAAGAACUCUCACUUGAAGGCAAUCAACUCCAAGUUUUCCCAAUCGAAUUUUCAAAUCUUCAAAAAUUGCAACAUCUUAAUGUUGCCAUGAACAAUUUCGAAGAAUUUCCACCAUCUUUGUGUAAACUGCCUUCUUUAGAAAUUUUGAAUUUCGGUAAUAAUAAGUUAUCGAAAAUACCCACAGAAAUCGCAGAAAUUGAAAACCUCGUUCAUUUAAAUUUGCGCAAAAAUAACAUCGGUGAACUUCCGCCGGAAAUGUGCAGCUUGGUGAAUCUGGAUUUUAUGGAUUUGUCUGAAAACGUCAUCGAGGAGAUUCCGGAGGAAAUUUCUCAGUUUGCAUCAUUGAAGGAACUUAACCUUUCCCAAAAUCGAUUCUUCCAGUUCCCCAAAUCUGCAUUCGCAAUUCCUAAUUUGGAAAAACUGAGUUUUGAUCAAUCAGAAGGUAACAAGGUUCCUUCGAUACCAGACGAAGUGGAAUUCUCGAGCCUUUCUCAUCUGAUUCUCUCCAAUAAUGGAUUAAGACUUUUGCCUAAAACCAUCAACGGAAUGCUGAAUUUGAAGACCUUGAUCCUCGAUCAUAACGAACUCUACGAGAUUCCGAAUAAUCUCUGUGAAAUGAAAACCAUAGAAACGCUCCACCUUAACGACAACCGGCUUUCUGUUCUCCCGCCAAAUUUCGAUCACAUGACUGGACUGAAGGAUUUACGUCUGCACAAUAACCCGCUAAAAACCCCACCAAUGGAAAUUUGUGUUAGUGGUGUUGUUCAACCAAUUGGAAGGUUUAUAAGACGAGCUUUUGAACGUGAAGAAUUGUUACUGUGUAAAAUGUUCGUUGAGAUGAAAGAUGCCAUGAAUAAAAACGAGUUACGGUAUCUGAUGAAGAAGUUUCGUUUCCCUGACGAAAAGAUGAUUGAAAUUGAGCAAAUUUACAGCGGGAAAGAUCGACUUCCGGAACGAAUCUACGCCGCAAUGUUGUUUUGGCGGGAGUUUAAGGGACCCUUAGCAACCAUCGAUGAAUUAAUACGUAUUCUUCAUAUUGUUGGAUAUGAACAACUGUCGAACAAAUUAUUGGCUAUGAAAAUUUAUUCUCAAAGACUUCGC